AUGCUGGCGCGGGUCGUACGGGGGAGCAUUUCCUCGCCGUCGCGGGGGGUGCGGAGGUACAGCACUGUCACGGGGGAUGUUGUGGGCGAGCUGGAAACACGAGGGCUCGUGCACACGCUCACAUCGCGCGCGUUGCGGACACACCUCUCGUCACCCCGAACCGUCUACUCUGGCGUCGACCCGUCAGCACGCUCUCUGCACGUCGGCAAUCUUCUGCCGCUUUUGGCGCUGGCGCAUUUCGCGCGCUGCGGCCACACACCCAUCGUGCUCGUCGGCGGUGCGACGGGCAGUAUCGGCGACCCCUCGGGUCGAUCCACCGAACGCAAUGCACUCGAUCCCGACACGCUCACCGCCAACGUCGCGGCGAUCCAAUCGCAGCUGCAGAUGUUCUUUGCCAAUGUCGCCACAUUCUCGGGCAAGGAGGUGGGCGUUCGGAUGCUGAACAACUACACGUGGAUGAGUGGUGUUUCGAUGCUCGACUUUCUGGGCGAGGUGGGAAGGCACGCGAGGUUGACGCAGAUGCUGGCGAGGGAUAGCGUGGCGUCAAGGAUGGAGGGGGAGGGGAUGAGUUAUACCGAGUUUAGCUAUCAGCUGCUCCAGGCAUACGACUUUGCCCAUCUUCACCGCUCAUCGGGCUGCACGGUGCAAUUGGGCGGAUCGGAUCAGUUGGGCAAUAUCAGUGCGGGGAUCGAUUUGAUAAGGCGAAGGAUGGGGGCCAAGGCGAUGCAGGAUGAUCCGGCUUACGGGUUGACGUUGCCACUGUUGACCACGGCGAGCGGGGAGAAGUUCGGCAAGAGCGCGGGAAAUGCAGUUUGGCUCGAGGAGGCGCUUACGAGCCAUUUGGAGUUCUUCCAGUUCUUCCUGCGCACGCCGGACGCCGACGUAGCGCGGUACCUCAACGCGCUCACCCUGCUCUCGCCGGGCGAAAUAGCGGCGGUGUUGAGGGAGCAUGAUCAAGAUAGGAGCAAGAGGAAAGCUCAGAGGGUGUUGGCCGACCACAUGACGCGGCUCAUUCGCGGAGCCGAGGCGGCCAAAACGGCCCAGACACUCACCCAGCUCGUAGCUGCCACACCGGACGACGUGCCACAGCUGCUCAGGCAGCUGGAUCUGCACAGCGCAGGCAGCAUAGUAACCAGGCUGCGGGAGGGAGAGCCAAUGGACGUCACACGUAUAGCCGCCGAAACUGGGCUGGUCAAAAGCAGGGCCGAGGCAAAGAGGCUGCUCAGUGCGCGCGGGCUGUACAUCAACAAUGCGCCCGCGCGGGUGGGGUUGCAAGAGCAAAUGGUGCAGCUGCCGCGGGGGGGCAAGGCAGCUGUGAUCCGUGCGGGCAAAUCCGCCCUCCGCAUCGUGCACAUCGCAUAG